AUGCCUUCUCACGACGUUUCUUACGUUGCGUUGAGUUAUCGGUGGGGCAAAGGCCAUACUGGGUCCCCUGACCAACAAAUGGAUGUGCUACCAUCGGAUGUCCCUGCCUCUAUCAACGAUGCUAUUCGCGUAACCCAAAGCCUCGGCCUCCAAUACCUAUGGGUCGAUGCAUACUGCGUUCUCCAGACAGAUGAGAACGAUUUUAGACACCAGAUCCGUCAGAUGCACCUUAUUUAUCGUUCUGCUGAGAUUACAAUAAUGGCAGCUGGAUGUAUGAAAGCCAAGUCAGGACUCGUGGGCAUUUCAAUACCGCGUGAAGGUGUGCAAACAAAGGGUCGCUACGACAAGCUGAGCCUAACCACCUUCUAUCUCUGGCCAUGGACUUCUGUAUAUUAUUAUCAGGGAUGGAUUCAGCGUGCCUGGACGUUUCAAGAAGCUUACUUCUCCCGGCGAAGGCUCGUCUUCACUGAAGAACAAGUUUUGUUCGACUGCAACGAAGGUGUCGUCAGCGAAGAUCUACAAAGUUCUCAGAUCCAUUAUCGAUACAGGUUGGAGAAGUGGGAGCCUGGGGAAGAAGUACGUCUUGUUUACAAUCUGAUAGAGUCAUACACUGGAAGAGUACUCACUCACAAUGCCGAUAUUCUGAAUGCAUUUGAUGGUAUUGUGGGGCAUUUCGAGCAACAAGAGCCACCUGUCAGAUCACACUGGGGUAUACCCUUGCUUUUCGACGCAUCAGGAUACCUGAAUGGGCUACUAAUCGGGUUGUGUUGGGCCCAUCCGAUCCAAAAUGGGCAGAUCUAUCGUCGGCAAGGCUUUCCAAGCUGGUCUUGGGCGGGAUGGUCACGCCACCUACUUGCACAAUAUCGUCUACGAAGGAUGCCAUGUACUGAGCUUUCAGUUGCGGAUGGUAUGGCAGUUCAAGUCGAGAAACAGAAUGGUCUUGCAGAGACUUGGAAGACGUUUGAAGAAGCUAGUCCGGCUUGCACCCAGCGACACCACUACUCCCAGCGAAUACAUAUCUCAGCUCCCUCCCUGGAGGUCAGGCUUCACAAGGAAUUCGACUCUUUGGAGUGCCAUGGCGGGCGCAUACGUGGGUACCGCGCAUUGAUUGUGCAAGGUGAAGAAUAUGGUUACUGGUGGGAGGAAGCCCUACUUGACAGCCGGUUUGAAAACCUCGACUUGUCACCCGACACCUUUGGAUACCAAGAAACCAGAACUUGUUAUGCCAUUUAUUUGUUCUUGGCAGACAAGAUGAGAUGCCCGCACGACGAUAGGCACGUACGCAACACAUUUGCAAUGCUCCUCGUGUCCAAAGUGGGGACCAACUGGGAGCGAGUUGGUCUAUGGACACCAUCAUUCGAGUCCAAAGAAGACGCCCAGGGCUUUGAGCAAUGGCUUCAAGGCUCGCAGACGUACGAGACGAGAGGCUUUUGGAUUGCAUAA